GAAUUAUGAUAGAGACGCAUGAGUAUCUCUUUCUCGACCUGAAAUAAGUGUUUUAUUUUCCAGUCAGCUUCGGUAACCUGUUUCUCAACAAUAUGAGUUCCCUACGCUAUGUGCCUAUAUUUAAAUCAGCAGACUUGGUAGUAGGAAAAAAUAUAAUUCUAUUCUAUAUCACCAUGGCAAUAGCAUCAGGUCCAAAUAUUGAUGCCGAGGGUCAUAUGUUCCAGCGGGUCAUUGAUGAAGCCAUCAAUGCAUUUGAUUAUGAGGAAGCCGUUGAAGCCCUGUACAGGGCUAAUUCAACCGUACCACGAAACUUCGUUCCCAACCAAAGCCCCAACGAGUUAUUUCCCAUGGUUAUUGGCUACUUACACCGCACAACUACGCGCGAUAAUUUUGUGAACGUAAUUUCCCAUCACAUUCUUCCGAAGAUACCGCAACAGAGAUCCAAUACAUUUACGUCCUCUGCUGAAUCAACCAACUCAUCAAACGACAACAGCUCCCCCCCGCCGUAUUCGCAAACCAUACCGCGACGGGCAAAUCGAAACCUCGACAAUUCAGAGGCAGAAAUAUCGAGGUACUCGUCUCUUCUGUGGGAGAGAGCUCAGCUCUUUAAUACUGUCCCAGAAGUCGAAGACGUGUUCCUGAGCAACUACCCCACACGGUUUAGAGUUAUCAUCAAGUUUCGGGGUGCUCAUGGAGUGGGAGAAGCCUCAAAUAAAAAACAAGCAAAACAUAUUGCUUCAAAAAAUGUUUGCCGCCAACUUAACUUUCACAUAAAUUGAAACUCGAGUAUAUUCGGGAUUUCGGAGCAAUUCCUUUACAACAUCGCUGAUACUUUCAACAGAGAAAAAGAAAUCCUACCCAAGGGAGAAGUCGCGGGAGUAGCUACAAAGAUAGUAUAUUAAGAACACUCGUUUCAUGUAUUUAGAUUGAUUCUAUCGCGUCGACUGCACUCGAUUUCUGUUCACGUAAUUCUCAAGUUAAUCAUUGCAGAGUUGCUAUUCAGUAAGCCACUGUUACUCCUCUCGUUUGUACUUAACAAAACUAAAGCUCAAAACAAAUAUUAACCUGCUACCUAAUGCAACGCCAGGGAGGC